CCUGUCUUCAUCUGACUGUUUUACUUUUUUUGGUGGGGGGCUUUGAGAAGAAACGGCUCAUGCAGCUGAUACAGUAGUUGUUCUUCAUGAACAAAGUGAACAUCAGUCAUCGGACUUUGUGAAGAGGAUCCCUGCGACUAUAGGUCAGAGUUUGCUUCUUGGAUGCAGCACUUUGAAUGGGUUAGAGAGCAGAGCGUAAGAGGUAGUGCUGGUCACCAGAGCAGAAACAUAUCAAGGUCUGUGAUGCGAAGCGGAGAGAGCUUCUGUGAAUAUCGUGACGGGGACAUGGGAUGUCUCUGACUGUGCAGCGAAAUCAACAUGACUUUCAUUCUGCCCUCAGUCUGGUAACAAGUGAAGACGUCGUCCAGCUUGAAGCAACAUCGGGCACCCAAUAAAAAGAGAAAGAGGGUGGAACAAAGGGAGGAGACAGAAGAAGAAUAAGCGAGAGAGAGAGAGAGAAAAGGAGAGACUAGAGAGGUAAAGUGGGGACGAGAGAAGAAAGAAACUCACAUUUUUACAGAUGGAUCUGGGCGUGCUCAAGGCUCUGGAGAGAGAGAAGGUUCUGGAGGUUCUUCAGAGAGACAAACUUUUAUGCAGCACGGAUGACGACAGGAUAAGGAGGCUGAAGACGGAGCUACAGGAGAUCCGAAGGAAAGGUGCCAAGAGUUUUGCCCGGCAGUACAGCGAAAGGACUUGCGCCCGCUGUCAGAGGCAGCUGGGAAUGUUCUGGAACUCGGGCGCCGUGUGCCGAGGCUGCAGCCACCGCGUCUGCAACAAGUGUCGCGUGGGCGUGUCCACCCUGGACUGGAAGUGCACCGUCUGCCACGCCUACAGAUAGGAGGCAUGUCAGUGCCGUAACAUAGACUUAGAUGUCAGAACCGUAACAUAGAAAGUUAUGUCAAUACCAAAACUGUAACAUAGACUCACAUGUCAGCACUGUAACAUAGAAUGUUAUGUAAUUGCUAUAACAUAUACUUUUAUGUUAGUGCAAUAACAUAUUGUCAUGUCAGUGCCGUAACAUAGAAUGUAUGCUCUAACCUCUAACCUCUAACUGUAUGCUCUAACCUCUAACCUCUAACUGUAUGCUCUAACCUCUAACCUCUAACUGUAUGCUCUAACCUCUAACCUCUAACUGUAUGCUCUAACCUCUAACUGUAUGCUCUAACCUCUAACCUCUAACUGUAUGCUCUAACCUCUUUAUUAUUGGUAUCCUCUAUCCUUUAUUCAAUAUUUUAAGGCGUGUUAACAUGUUGAGAGAAUGAACUGACAAAAUGUACAGUAUUUCCUUUGUAAUCUAAACCAGGGCUGUUCAAUAUCGGUCCUGGAGGGCUAAAACACUUCUGGGUUUCAUCCUGUCCUUCUUAUAAGGGACUAAUUCCAACCUGGGA